AUGCUGACGGACAAGUUCCUCCGACUGCAGUCCCUCUUCUUCCGCCAGCUGGGACUCGAGUUGCUCCCGGAGCAGGAAGCCAGUCAUCGGUAUCCCCGACGCGCCAUUUGCUGCAUCCUCUCGGUGGCCACCUUCCUGCCCCUGACCGUCGCCUUCGGGGUUCGCAACAUCCAGAACGUGGACCAGCUCACCGACUCGCUCUGCUCGGUUCUUGUGGAUCUGCUGGCCCUCUGCAAGAUCGGGUUUUUCCUGUGGCUCUACGAGGAUUUUAGGGGUCUAAUAAAGCAGUUUAAUACCAUUCUUCAAAGGGAGAACCAUUGGAAUGUUUCUGAGGCAAUCAUAUCCAGGGAGAACCGUCGGGACCAGUUCAUCGCCGCACUUUACAGCCUCUCCUUUGUGGCAGCUGGCCUGUCCGCCUGUUUGAUGUCUCCUCUGUCAAUGUUGGCCAGCUACCAUCGAACAGGUCAACUUCAGCCGGACUUGCCCUUUCCCAGCCUAUAUCCCUGGGACAACACGAACAUAUACUGCUUCUCGAUAUCGUAUUUGUGGAAUGUGAGUGCCGCUCUGGGCGUGGCACUGCCCACCGUUUGCGUGGACACGCUGUUCAGCUCGCUGACCCACAAUCUGUGUGCCCUCUUCAAGAUUGCCCAGCACAAAAUGAGGCGUUUCGAGGGCAAAUCCGUUGGGGAGACGCACGAGAACCUGGUGCAUGUGUUCCAGUUCUACGGGGAGUGCCUGCAGCUGGGUCACUCGCUGAACGGGUACUUCAGGCCGCUCAUAUUCGCCCAGUUUUUCGCGGCCUCGCUGCACCUGUGCGUAUUGUGCUACCAGCUGUCCGCCAAUCUGCUGCAGCCAGCGAUGCUCUUCUAUGCGGCAUUCACUGCAGCGAUUCUCGGCCAGGUUUCCAUUUACUGCUUCUGCGGAUCGAACGUGAAGGCGGAGAGUCAGCGGUUCGGCCAGGCCAUCUACGAGAGCAACUGGCUCGGCAUCCUGGAGGAGAACUCCCAACUGGCGGGUUCCCUCAAGAUUGCCAUGAUGCGGGCGAGAAGGGGAUGUCCCAUCGAUGGGUUCUUCUUCGAGGCCAACAGACAGACGCUUGUCAUGAUUGUGCGCAGUGCCAUCUCCUACGUAACGCUCCUCAGAUCGCUGGCCUAG